GGAAAUAUAUGUAAGCGCACGCGCGCACACUUGCACAAUAUACUGUACAUCGAGCAUGUAAACGCGUACGCACACACGUAGAUGCGAGCACGGGUCCCGGUGCGGCAGCGUGGUCGGCUAUCCCCAUAAAAGCGACGGACUCGACCGGCCUGCGGACAGUUGUCAUCGUUGGCUACAUCGGCGCAACGUGUCUCUUUGCGCUCUAACCGUGUUUCGACUGUUUAUCGAAAUAUAUCUCGGGGUGAUAACCUCUUCGACACAAACGAGACGAGAGUUCCGUAUACGCUUUUCAUCACAGGAUAUCAUCCCCUAAUUCACGCGCGAACCCUCGCGGCGAGCUUGCGCACUAUUGAAAAGGGACAUGAAAUGUACGCAUUUCUCGAAUUCGCGACAACAGAUAGCAAUCGAAGAUAAAUAGUGAACAAAAGAAUGCGAGUGCGAGCGAAUGAUUGUUCGGAGAAUUGUAUUAUGAUCGCGUGAUCGAACGACUGAUUGAUCGAAGACGACUGAGAAAAAAGACGUCGAUAAGAUCGACUGUUCGUCACUCGUUUAUAGAUAACGCGAACGAUAUCUCGGAACGAUCGUUGCCGAAAUCUGACGUACUUAUAUAUACCCGUUGACUUGAUCUGUUUUAUGAGAAUCUAAAUUAAGAAAUAGCGUGAAUUGGAUUGAUAUUUCUACUUUCUUUCGUUGGUGGUCACGGUAUACUACACGUGGUUGAAAACUAUUAUAAGAGAAGAAGAUACGAGCCGGUAAUACCGAGUGCAAGCGCCAGACAGAGCGACGCUUCCGCGGGCAAAGCCGUGUCCUGUCUCGUCUUUCGUGUGUAUAGGACAACCCACACGGUCACGCGCGCGCACGCUCGAGAGUGUAAUAGAGACACGUAUAUAAGUACGUGGAGUGGCACACGUACCGGUAGACGAGGCGCGCGUGCACACGCGUGUACGAAAGCGAAAAAGCGAUUCGUCGUGGCGCAAGCGCGAAAGCAGAAGCUUUUUCGAGCGAGCCAGCCGGAGGAGAGAGAGACGGUGGUGCCGAUGAUCAGAUACAUCGGAUUCAGUGGCGGCACGGGCGUAGAGAGCAAGUCGAGUAACAGCUUCCCACCAGUCAGUCACUCACGAUCGGCUAGUCAGUCACGGCAGUCACGCGCCGACCGUGUCAGACGCACGCUGGUCUGUUGGUUCGCGUGGAAAGAGGCCGGUCAAAUAAACCGAGAUCUAAACGGGUGAGAAACAAAAAGGAUUCAGUGUCAACGUCGUUGAUUGUAAAUCGUGCGACCGUAGUCGGACUUGUUACACUCGAUAUAUACGACGGUGGUAUACCACUACGCAGCGCAGGCGCGAUGCAACGUUUCACGGACCUCGUCGAGAUUCGGUGUCGAUGAUCACUUUCGAUUACAGUGUGAACCGGCGAGUCGAACCAAGGCAAUCGUGUAUAUUCUAAGCGAAUCUUAUCGGUGUCAAAGACGAUCGAGAACGGUGUUCAGCUCUUCUUUGUUGGUACUUUUUCAAACCGAUGAAUCCAAAUUUGUUUUGGAAAUCGGUUACCUAGGAUAAAGUCGCGGUAAUCCCAGGAGGGAUAAUCGUGUGGAACCACCGUAUCAGAUGCGCAUACCGGCGUUGUUGAACCGCGAGGAAAGGGACGACGACAACGCACACGGGGCUCGUAGGUUAAGAGAGUUAGUGAGGUGCGGAGGUGCGUGGAAGAGUGCGCCGGUUAAAAUCGUGACAGAGGGAGGAAGAAGAGAGAGAGAGAAGAAGUGGCAAGCGCACGGUACGACUCGGUCGCCUCGCUCUUUCGUAUCCCUCUCGUCUCGAAACUCGUCGCUCGUUGUGUACCGCCUUAUAAAACGCGCGCGCAGUAACACGGAACGCGCGACGACCACGGGAACGGAGAAGAAGAGCGGCGGGGGACAGCCGGAGAGUUAGAGUCGUACGAACUCUCUGUGCACUCGGUAAAAGAGAGAAAUAAAUAGCGAUAGUGCAAAAAAGAGACGGCCAGACGGUGUUCGAGCUGGCUUAAAGGAAAGAUAGAUAAAGAGAGAGAAAGAAUAACGAACCUGCGUGUGUACCUUAGCCUAUUAAGCCGUCGGAUGCGCUCGUUCAACGUGUCUCGAACGGUGCACGAUACCUCGCCGCGUUAUCUGCAGUAAAUAUUGCGGCUAACACACGGCCUCUCUCUGGGUCUGCCGCUGAUUGUUUCUAAUCAUUAUCGCACACGUUCGCGACCUGUGUACGCGUACUAUCGUCGUCGUGGUUCGUCAUUGUCGUCGAUUCUUUCGUCGUCAUAAACGUUGUCGUGGUAACCCGUCGUUGUGUCAUUAUAUCGGUAUUGUUAUUGUUCGCGAACGAUACUUUUUGUAAUCGUCAUCGGUGUGUUGUCGCGUGGACACGUUAUAUGCGCUCGGAGAGGAGAGAGAAGAAAAGAAAAGAAAAGAAUCGAAGAAGAUGAUGUGAUACAACACACAGUGCCACAGAGAGUGCAGAAAGUUUUGUGCAGUGAACGUUCGUUAAUAGACCAGUGGCCGCGGCUCUGAAGAACAGACAGAGAAAGAGCACACGCGUGCAAGAUAGAAUAGAACGAGACAAACAACGUGUGAGGAAUAGGUAUAGUGAAAAAGAGAUAGAAAUAGAAAAUACGAGUGAGAGAAACGUAUUGGCGGAAUAGAGACGAAGGAGAACACGCUAUAUGCGUUGAAGCACCCGUGUCGAGUGCCAGCGACGAGACAGUGAAUUGGACAUACGCGAGAGUAAGCGUGACAGAAAGAAAGAGGAAAAGGAUUCUAAAAGACAUCAUAAGACUUUUUCGAUAUUAUCAAAGAUGCAUUUCUACGGUAGUUUAUUGUCGAUUUUGCUGGUCGUUCUUUCUUGUCCCUUGACUGUUCGUACACGCAGGGUGGCUCCUUUGAUAGAGGAAGACUGGGCUAGGAGACCUCAUCGCGCCGCCGAAUGUACGUUCGGCAAGCAGAUACGGGAACUGGGCUCCACCUGGUUCGCGGAUUUGGGCCCGCCCUUCGGAGUCAUGUACUGCAUCAAAUGCGAAUGCAUUCCGGUGCAGAAGAAACGGCGAAUCGUAGCGCGGGUUCACUGCCGUAACAUCAAGAACGAAUGCCCGGAACUUACGUGCAAAGAGCCAGUUCUCCUUCCAGGCAGGUGUUGCAAAUCUUGUCCUGGAGACUUUAGUAGCGACAUAGUGCAGGAUUUGCCAGCGCAAUUGACCUCCGAGGAAGAGGAACGAAGUCUAAAACAUUUUGGGACACUUUUAACUGGUAAAACAUCUCAGGUACUACGUCGCGAUGAACCCAGCCCGACAUCAAUGUACAACAGUGCUUAUAACUAUCUGGCCACAGGUCGUUUCACAUUUCACCGCAAAAAUCUGUACUAUUCCUUUUAUUUGUCAACAUCCACUCCUCGUCCAAGAAACAUACAAUUUAUCGAUGGAUCGGGAAGUAUUCUAGAGGAACAGACGAUCGACCCUAUUGGUGGAGUGUACCAAAAUGCUACAGGUAAACUUUGUGGAGUAUGGAGGAGGGUCCCUCGAGAUUACAGGAAACUGCUGCGUGAGGAACGCCUGCACGUGUCCUUUAUAUGGGAACCGUCGGCUACCUUGACUGGACAGUUGUCCCGUUAUCGCGCCUUGUCCACGGAACAGUAUUCUUCCUUGUUGGAGCCCACAAUGGGAGUGGAUCGCUCGCUGAUGUCAGGUGCAGGAGCUACCGCCAUAGUUUCAGCGUCCUCGGCAUCAGCGCCAUCUAUCCACGUAUCUUUGGUAUUCAAUGGCGUCUUUCUACCUAACGAUGUCUCCGAAGUACCACUAAUCGUCCAAUUGGAACACAUGGAGAAGGAUUAUGUAGUUUUACGGGAGGAAAUAAUAGUGAAGAAGCCGUCGAACGAAUUAAACUUUGGGGAAGUUCGGAGCGCCUUAUCUGGGGCGGACCUUCGUUUAUUAACAAGAGGCAAGCUCUCUAUUAGCAUAAUGUCAAGAAAAGAUCCUCAGGCACUUCGAUUAGCCGGGGUAGUGGGUCCACGUGCCAACUGCGAGAUGUAUCAAACUUUGCUGAUCUCAGAAACACCUUCAGCAGCUUCUGGAUUGGCCUGGGCGUUUUUAGAUCGCGCUGGUUCGUUGCGUUAUGGCGUUCAGUUGAUAGGACUGGAAGAAGAGAGUCCUUUGGUAACAUUAGUAGAUGAAGGUGGUAAACGUCGCACCGAAUUGGAAGAUCUGACGCCUUCUCUUGUUGAUGGUUUAGCUAAUGGAUCCUUAGAGCGUCCAGGACCACGAUUCCUUGAACCCUUGUUUAAUGGAGAACUUGCAGUUGUUGCUGCCUCGCACGUUGGAUCUAUGUUGCGUGGCCGAUUACUACAGAGACCUGUAGCUGAUGCUAAAGAUACUGCUGCACCUGUUUUGCUCAGAAGACUGUCCCAGGAACCUUUAAAUCCUGGUCCAGUUGGUCUGGUCUGGACAGCUGUCGAUCUAGACUGCUCUUUACAUUAUGAGCUUGAAAUUGCUGGCUUCCCUCAAACGUCUUCCACAAACAGCCACGAACCACGCACCCUCCGACUUUAUCUAGAAACCAUGCCCUUAGUAGUUCAAGGAGCACCUGUAGCUAGGAGAUUAUUGGAAGAGUUCACUGGAUACGUGUUGGAAGGUUCUGUCACUGGACUCUCACCAGUGGAAUUAUACAGAAUUGAAUCUGGUAUUGGUUUCCUUGAAGUAACUGAUAAACAGGCUGAAAGGAUUUUGAAGGCUCCGUUCAAAGCCAGGGCGCCGCUCAGCUGUCUUCCUCAUUAUGCGGAUAACGAUGUUGCCUCGGUGGUCGCGUAUAAUCUUUACCCACCCAGGUCGGAUAUUGAAACUGGCGCGUGCUUCCAUGAGACUAGAUUUUACGAAGAGGGUACUCAGUGGACCUCCAGCACAGAUCCGUGCUACAUGUGCCACUGUCACCGUGGACUACCACAGUGCGAUCCAAUGCCUUGUCCAGUUCUUACCUGCGCUGAGGGCAAGCAGUUGAGGCCUGCUUCUGGUCACUGUUGUCCUAUUUGUUCAAGUCCAGGGAUCAACAUGAAUGCGACGGGGAAGAAUGUCAGUUCGGUGACAAGAGGUUGCACACUGGCUGGCCAGUUCCACCUACCAGGAGCGUCAUGGCAUCCAUAUUUGCCACCAAUGGGGUUCGACACUUGCGCAGUUUGCACGUGUGAUCCCGUUACGCUAGAGGUGAAAUGUCCGCGGGUACAGUGCCCGCCAUUGGAUUGCGACGAGAAGAUCGCCUUCAGACCCAGUAAGAAGGCAUGUUGCAGACAGUGUCCGGCGAUGACGCCUAGCACGAUCGCAGGAGUUGGGGGCGACACGACACGUUUACCACGGGACCAGGCGGCGCCAUCCACUAGGCGCACUGCUGAUGAGAUACUGGCUUCCGGCGGUUGCAAGUAUCCCCUUGGUGGUCCGUAUGAGAACGGGAUGGAGUGGCAUCCACGAGUCCACUCGCACGGAGAAAUGAAAUGCGUCAAGUGCAGGUGCAAGAAUGGCGAGGUCAGGUGCGACAGGAAACGAUGUCCACGGGCGCUAUGCAACACGAUCGCGCACCAGAUAAAACGCGGCGAGUACGUUGCGGACGGUGAUGACUGUUGCACGGUCCAGUGUCGCCGGGCGAGACGUCAUCAUCGUAACAAUCAUCAUCCAGCUCGGCAUUCGGUGACACCACGUGAACUCAGCUGAGUAGUUCCAGCCGCUGCUACCAAGCUUCCUUCGAGCAGUAUCCUGGUCCACGGUAAUGCUCCUGGACCUCAUUUCUCUCUAUAGCCAUCGAUUAGCCAUGCCGUAGUCGUCGUCAUCGUCGCUACUUUCGAUUCCAAAGCGAUUCUAGAGCGACCGGGAAGCUAUGAGAAAGUGAUAGAAGUGAAUUAGUAUCAGAAGCCUACAUUCAAAUCAAGAAGUACGGAGAAAAUUACAGAUGGUUCUUACAGUCUGCCGGCACCAUCGAUUGUACAGUUUCACAGAGACACAUAUUGUUUGAAAACUAGCCUCUUUGGAUUAAUGAACGUUGUAGAACAAUAUGGAAGGCAUAUCAUUAGGUUAUGCAAGAUUCAAGAUUCAAUUUAUGCAGGAACGAGAUUAAACGAAGCCAUCUAGGCGAGAUAAGGGGCAGUGAGGCACCUCGGUCUGUAUAUUGUAUGAAGUUGGUCAAUUUGGUCGGUUUUGAAUAAAUCGCCUGCAAAGUCUGCUAUCUCUCCAUAUGGUAACCAAUAAUGAUUUUCCAGAAUUUAUGAUUGAAUAAUCAUCCUAAACAAGUGUUCUGAGAGAGGAUGCUGGAAAUGCACGGCGUCAUAUCCAGCGCAGCAGCCAUCCUUAAGAAAAGAAGAAUCUAUGAAGAAACGAUUGGUGCUCAUUUUGAAUGCUAUAUUUGGGAAUGAUAAAUCACAGCCGGAAGAUGGUAAUCAGUGAAACAGAAAGAUUCGCUGCUGGGAUGAUCGGUGGCCAUCGCAGGAAGCCAUAAUAAUGAUAAUAUCAAUAACAAUAUAGUGCGAGCACGGCAAAACAGGAAGGAACGUGGAUCGUUCUCGUCAGACGUUAUUCUUAUAUUCUCGUCGCUUGCUCGGUUAUGCGCUAUAGAGUCCCUUGCAGCACCCACAACCAGACUUUUAUUAAUCAAUUGGCUCUCAUCAACGGACCAACGGACCGGAAGCCAACUGCUCUCUAUCUUCGAAUGACCUCUCGCAUACACGUACGUAUGCUAUGCACACGUUUAUAUUCGUAUACAUACAUAUGUACAUAUGUGUACGUAUAUUAUAUAGUAUGACGGGUGUAUUGGACGAAAAAGCUAGAAGAAGAGAAAGAGAGAUUCGAAAAUGAAGAAAAAUACAAAUCUGGAGAAAGCUUUUAAUUAUUUGAUUUCCAAAUUUUAAUCUCUCGAUCAAGAUUAUUUCAAAGAAUUUUGUAUUCUCUGCCGUAUUAUUUGUUUUAGUUCCGAUUCUAAUUUCCAUAUUCGUCAGGCCUAUCUCUUCUUUUUCGUCUGCAAAGAAUUCUUACUUUUUAAAACCUGCUUUUUUAAUGCUAUACUCACUCUUAUCAGUUCAGAUAUGUUACUCUCAGUCUCUUCUAUCCCAAAAUGGCUCUAUCCGGUGUACGUUACCUUUCAUUUCAUCUCCUGGUUUGCAUUUUGGCGGGAUGCGAGGUCGUUUCCGGUCUGCUGCUCUGAUUUCUGGAGAGAGUUAUUUUCAUUAUUACUUUACUGUAAUCAGAGCAAUCGAAGAAUCUCUCUCCUCGUUUCGCUACAUUUAUUUUUUAAAAGAAAGUUGGCUUCUGGAGAGAGUUUAAAGUCGUGGCGGCAAGUACAGAGUCCUACUGUACCCACCAACCUUAUCGAGUUACCCAGCAACCAAAGAAGACUGAAGAACCUCCGAUGGUGGCAUCAGUUAU